CAUAUCCGGGUAUAACUCGUAAAAUUUGAAUUUUCUACACGUCCUUUUUAGGUACCUGGCACGACUCCCCAAAUACGUGGACAACAACAAUUCAGGAAAUGAUGUCUGAUUUGCGUUUUAAGCAUUUCUCGAAAGAAUUUACCUACCUACAAUAAAAUGAUUAAUCUCUAUCAUUUUCUUUUUUAGAGACCAUUUUCCUUUCUACAAGCAAAACGAUGACAGGUGGAAGAAUUCCGUUAGACAUAAUUUAUCUAUCAAUCCUCACUUUAGAAAAGGCAGUAAGGCGGUCCACGGAGCGGGACAUCUGUGGACUAUAGCUCAGCGCGAAGAUAGAAAAACGUGGAAUAUCAAAAAGCAACGAAUGCAACAGUUUAUACAGACCUCCUUGAACGAUUAUAACAAAAAUCAGCAAAGAGAUUUGGAACUAGAAACGGCCACAGCUAGUAUUCUUCCAGAGAAUGUCGAUGAUUGCCACAGAUCUUUGUCAACGGAGCAUACGGAGCAAAAUAUUGAAAUUGAAUAUGUGAAUGUCAUCGAUGUCACAAGUGGACUUGAAGUCUCAUUGGAUUUCCUCUGUCCUCCUGUGUCGAAAGAACAAAUGGUUGAAGAGUGCGGACUUAGUGGAAACUAUUUAAUAACAGAUUUAAAUCCAAAUACACUGGGCAUAAAUUUAACUGACGCCGAAAUCAUUACCAAUGGAAAUCUGUACGAUGACUUAAACUUUCAGUGCUACGAAUUACAGAAUGAUCACUAAAUAAAUUUUAGCCAAAUGUUUUUACAAAUCGUAUGUUUUCAUCUGGGAAGUGUAAUUUUUAACUCACACAUAUUAUCUCUAUUGUAUGCUUUGUACUACCAAGUCCCAGAGAAGAAAAAUGGUCUAGUCAGUUUAUCUAAUGAAGCGUGGCAUUCGAUUAGAGAAAAUGUAUUAAACGUAAGAUAUGUUAAUGUAGACCCUUCAAAAGUGUACUUAGUAGACCUAGACAUAAGGAGGUAGGUACCUAAGUCAACUGUCAAAUGGUAGGUAAGUCAAGUCCGUCCAUUGUAUAAAUUUACAGCUCAUUUGGAAAUGACACAAUGAAAUCGUAUUGUAUUGUGGUAUAUGAUCUUUAAUAGUAAAAAUUGUUGUCGAAAAUAGAUUUAAAGUAUUUUUGUACAUUACGGUAUUUACUAAUC